UCCCUAUGUUCACAACAAUCAGGUACACAGACUACACAUAACCAAUAAGAAAUAAGAACACUUCAAUUUUCAACAGAAUUCUCCAUUUAAAAACCAUAACACACAAAUUUUCCAGAUAACACUAGAGUAUUAACACCAUAUAUCUGCCAUUACAAGCAUAAUUCACAAAACUGUACAUAAUUCUUCUGAGUUCUUGCUACCUAUUCCUGUAAUACAACUAGAGGAAAAGAUGGUAUCAACUCUGUGCAGCAGCUUUUCUUGUUUAGCCUGGAAAAUAUAUCUGCCAAAACAUAAUCGAAAUCAGAAUCGACGAAUCCGUAAUGAGUUUGUUCAGUCAUUAGUUACUCCAGCAGAAACAUCAGACAGUGACAGAGCUGAUCAUGAGAAGUUUCCUUCAGGAAUAUUGAAGAGAAGAUCACUAGUUCUGAAAUCUGGGGUUGUUCCUCUGCUUGCUUCUCUAACAGCUCUAGGAUUUCCAGCACCGGGUUCGGCUGUCGUUAAACAAGGGCCUCUUGCUGGCAGAGUACCUGGAUUGUCCGAGCCAAAUGAAGAAGGUUGGAGAACAUACCAGAGACCAGAUGAAAAGUCUGGAGGCCACGGUGUUGGAUGGAGUCCAAUAAUACCUUACCUUUUCAAAGUCCCUGGAGAUUGGGAUGAGGUUCCUGUCUCUAUUGCAGAUCUAGGUGGCACAGAAAUUGAUCUUAGAUUUGCAAGCCCCAAGCAAGGCCGCUUGUUUGUCGUUGUUGCUCCAGUCCGUAGAUUUGCAGACGAACUUGGGGACAAUACUACAAUUGAAGAAAUUGGAACACCUGAGAAGGUGAUUAGUGCCUUUGGACCAGAAGUAAUAGGAGAGAAUGUAGAAGGUAGAGUGUUAAGCACGAAUGUGGCGGAGCAUUCAGGAAGAAGAUAUUACCAGUUUGAAUUGGAGCCACCUCACAUAUUUAUCACAGCUACUGCAGCUGGAAAUCGGCUCUAUCUAUUCUGUGUUACUGGAAGUGGUAGGGAGCAGCUAUACAUUCUAAUUCCAUACUCUGUAUUUUUUAGAGUGCAGCUAUACAUUCUAACUCCAUAUGUUUCUGCCAUUUUUACAGGUCUCCAAUGGAAGAGGCAUUACCAGGAUCUGAAACAAAUCGCUGAAUCUUUCCGUGUUGUUUGAAUUGACUAAUGGCUAAUCCAAGAAGUCCAAGAAUAGGAGAGCAAUCUUGCUUUAUUAUUGUGCAAACUUGCAGUCAGCUAAACAUAUUGUAAAAUAGACAUACAAAGUCAAGUCACAACUCACAAGUUUAGACCUUGUAAGGACCCUCUCAAGUGCAGAAUGUUUGGAUCAUUGGCAUCAUCUGACAAGCAGUUCCUUGAUUGUAUCAAGGUGAACAACGAUCAACUACUCAGUUGCAAAAGCUGUAUUUAUCCUUCAGAAAUUUGAUAGAAAGAUCAUUUUUGCCCCUAUAAUUAAUGUAUUAUAGUCUUAUAGACAGAUGACAGGACUCGCAAGUUAAAAGUUGCUGUUUCU